UUUUUAAAUAAUAGAUGGAUGGCACAUUUUCUUGAGGAUUUAGUCAUGCACAAUUGCCUUGACUUGUUCAGGAAGAGAAGGAAACAGGGAUGAAUAUGAAGAUUGUUUUGAAAGUUGAAUGGGUAAAUGAGGGGUAAUAAGCCGUUCAGUUUUAGGUUUGUUGACUUGCCCAAAUCAUUCAUGUAAUUUGAAGGGCAAAUACAGACUUUUCCAAGUCCCUUCUUUCGGUUUGUCUCGAGUAUCUAUUUGGUGAUUUUGGUAUGGGAGUACCCACCAACCAGGCCAACAUUAGUUGCAUCCUCUCUUGACUAUAGAUAUCUUUAUGCAAAAUACUCAGAACUGCUAUGCAAAAAGCAAAGUGCAAAAAUCUACUUUCUUUUCACUUAAAUAUCUCACUCAGUCCAAUCCAUCUCCCCCACUCUUUCCUACUUUCAUUCAAGAAAAGCAAAAGGAGCAACAAUGGCGUUUCCUCUUCAAGAAAUAAAGCUUCCCAUAUUACCAUUUUCUAUGUUGAUUAUCAUCUCCAUCCUCGGCAGAAGCUUGCAUGCAAGCGACCCUCCUCUAACUUUAGACUACUAUGCUCCCACCUGCCCCAGUGUGUUUGAGAUUGUCAAGAAAGAGAUGGAAUGUGAAGUUAUUUCUGAUCCACGCAGUGCAGCUUUGAUAGUUAGAUUACAUUUCCAUGACUGUUUUGUUCAGGGAUGUGAUGGUUCAGUUUUGCUAGAUGACACAAUCACCCUGCAAGGGGAAAAGAAAGCUUCAACAAACAUAAACUCUCUAGAAGGAUUUAAAAUCAUUGAUAGAAUUAAGAACAAGAUCGAGUCCGAGUGCCCCGGAAUAGUGUCUUGUGCAGAUAUUCUCACCAUUGCAGCAAGAGAUGCAGUCCUUCUGGUUGGUGGACCAUAUUGGGAUGUUCCUGUUGGAAGAAAAGAUUCUAAAACUGCAAGUUUCGAGCUCGCGGCAUCAAAUAUUCCAACAGCAGAUGAGGGUCUGCUAUCUAUCAUUACCAAGUUUCUUUACCAAGGCCUUUCUGUUACUGAUUUGGUAGCUCUUUCAGGGGCGCACACUAUUGGCAUGGCACACUGUGCAAAUUUUCGGGCGAGGAUUUACGGGGACUUUGAAACAACUUCGGAUAGAAGUCCAGUGUCUGAGACAUAUCUUAACAACUUGAAAUCUAUGUGCCCAGCUACAGGAGGAGGGGACAAUAACAUAUCAGCAAUGGACUAUGUCACGCCUAAUCUUUUCGACAACUCUUUCUAUCAUUUACUAUUGAAAGGAGAUGGCCUGCUAAACUCAGACCAAGAACUGUACUCGAGCAUACUCGGACUUGAAACAAAGAAUCUUGUGAUAAAGUAUGCCCAUGAUCCAAUUGCUUUCUUUUACCAAUUCUCAGAUUCCAUGGUGAAAAUGGGAAACAUUACAAAUCCUGAUAGCUUUGUCGAUGGAGAAAUUAGGACGAACUGCAGAUUUGUGAACACAUGAGCUGGCAAAUUGUGGGCUCGCGGAUAGUGAUUUGGUUUUAUGUUGUUUAUUUGUUAUGACAAGUGGUGGAAAACACAGAUUAUUUAUGUAAUAAUAUUAGCCAUUGGUUAAUAUUAAGGCUCAAUUUCUCUUCGAUUUAUUUUAUGUAAGCUAUAUUAUUUCUCUUUUUCUCA